GUCUAUGUGCUCGGAUCUGGUGUACUGCAUCCUGUUCCCGCAGCUUCUGAUGGUGGUGCACUUCAAGCACCACUGCAACACGUACGGGAGCCUGGCCGCGUACAUCAUCGCCUUCCUGGUGCGGAUCUCCGGCGGCGAGCCCAUGCUGGGGUUGCCGGCGCUCAUCCACUACCCGGGGUGGCUGUUCGAGAGCGGGAAGCUGGCGCCGGGCUACGACUGGUUCCGCUGCGUCGUCAACAUCCCGGAGGACGUGGAGCGCGUGGGCGAGCCGGCGGAGGGCGAGCAGAUGUCGGUGAUGUCGUCGGGGCAGAUCGGGCGCGUGUACGGCGCCGCCACCAUGGUGGGCAAGGACGAGAUGAACGGCCGCAUCAACCCUGCGCUGGAGCCCGACGACGACAUGGACCCGGCCGAGGUAAGAGGUGCAAAGCGUGCAGAAGGGCGUGCGACAGGCAGCCAUCGGCUGGCAAGCGCGCGCGGCGGCGCGCGCGGGCGCCGGCCUGGGCCGUCGGCGUCGGCCUCCGCCUCGUCCCUCAUAUGCGGGCGCGGCCGAGGGCCACCAAGACGGGCCAGACGGCGCUGUAGACCCCAUCGGCGAUCCUGCCGUGUUACA